UGCGUAUGUACUUGGUCAGGUUUUUGGUUUCCAGCACAUUUUUGGGCCUUCCCUGUGUCGGCACUUAUGCCUCCAGUAGAUGAAUGGCACUGGGAUUAGGGGUAAAGACAUUCGGGGUGUGGAAUGGGCUAGGCUCUCCGUGGUUGUACUCCUUUAUCCUCCUGGUGUUGAGCUUUGUGGCGGGUUUGCUUAUCGGAGGUGUGAUUAUGGCUACCCCGGGCAACAAGUGCUUUAACUGCGGAGGGGAGGGGCACUUCGCAAGGGAAUGCCCCUCCCAACGUCAACAGCAACCUGGUGGGGGAUCAGGGGCUUCAACUCCCACUGUCAACAGGUACUGGACGUCGAGACGCACGCAGGAUGAUACCGAGGAGAGGGAGGAACAGACGCGUAGGAAGGAGCAAGAGGAGAAGAAAAAGAUGGACGAGCUCAUCCGUCAAGAGAUCGAGCGCAAUACAGAAGCGAUGGAAGUUAGAGUGAUGUCCAAGCUGGGGAGGCAGUACUUGGUGACUCGGGAGGAGGCUAGGCGGGAGGAGAUCAGCUCUCCGGUUUUCCGAUCGUCUAACUUUGGCACUAGGAGAGAGGUGAGCCGCUCUCCGGCUUUCCGACAGCCCACCUUAAGUACCAGGGAGAGGGAGUACGGGGAAUUUGAAGACUGCGGGAUUGAGGACAUUGAGGACGAGAUUGCCAAGCUCUACGAGUUGAGGGAGAAGAAGCGGAAGGGCAAGGAACCGCUUCAGGCGAGCAAAAAGGUUUUCCGACAACCAGAUUUUCAGAGGGAUGACGGGUCAGUUCUCAACACUCCUAGACCAGAAUCAUCAAGGAUGGGGGAGGAACGAGGGCGCACGAAGAUUCCGGCUGGGAGUGGGCCGGAGGGGGUUCUUGCCUAUGUUCUCCAGCAGAGACGACUGUUGACAAGUAAGUGCAAGGCACAGUUGCUGUCCAUCUGUGCUGCUGAGAAUGUGGAAUACACUACGAAGAUCCGACUGUGGAGAAGAUCAUUGAAGCACGCGUAAAAAUGGUGUAUGAAGGAUUCGUCUUCGCUCCAGUACCUUCUCCUGGUACUAGUCCCGAGACAG